GCCAGUCGGGGGCAGACCUCACCUUCCCCAGGCAUCUCUGCCCAGGUGGAAGGCAGCCCUGGGGCUCCUCCCACCCACCUCAGCUCUUCUCAUAUGAGGUGAUGCUAAAUCCUUCGCCUGUUGGACUAAAUGGAUAAACUGAACCUUUAAGAAAAGUUCAGCCCACGUCUCUGAAGGCCCAGCUAACAACAUCUGGAGAGACCAUUUAAAAAAGGAGGCAGGCAGCCUUUCAAACACAUGCAAUCACACCCUCCCAUCAUAAAAGCUAUAGGAGCUGAUUAUAGAACAAUUUGAAAACGCAGCACACUAGGAAGAAAAUUCAAAUACUGCCCCUACCUGCCCUCCCCCCGCCCUCGGGGUAACUACAGUGAACACUUUACUGAAUGCCGCUUGGACUCUUCCUAGGCUCACAUACACUCUGAAGAUCACACUGUAUGGAAAUUUUUCUUUAAAAAAUCUACACCCGUCAGCAGUAUGUGGGGAGGGGGUUUGGCUAUGAAGGAGCCUCUUUGUGGGGUGGCAGAAAUCUGUUGCAUAUUGUUCUGGAUAAUGGUUACAGAAGUCCGUCUCUAGGUCCAAAUGUAUAGUCCUGUAAAUUUUUUAUUUAUUUGUUUUAUUUGAUAAAAAAAUAAUACAACAGUAAUAGAGGCUCAUUACAAAGACAUGAAAACAGACAUCUACGAACACAGCUGCUCCCUGCGCAGACACAGCGUCUGUAGUAGGUAGUUUUCUAGGUGUCCCAGCACAGACAAGGUGCCCACGUCAGUAGGAACAAUGGCCCCAAGUCAGAGCACAUGUCAGCGUCUGCUGGGGCACAGGUGGGCUCCUUCUCUGGCCUGGAGUGCGGAGGGGGGCGGGCAGGCGGCGGCAGCUUUGACUUAGCUCCCUUGUUCAGUUUCUCUCCUGCCGGGAACAGUUAAGGGUCCUGCCAGGCAGCCUCUCUGGGAACUAAUGGAAACAAGUCGAUUAAGUUUCAUGGAAAUCAUUUCGAGGGCUCCACGUCUCGCCGACGCGUUUGGGUUCCUGUGGCCCUGGGCUGGGCUGAUUGGGAUGGCGAGUGGCCAACGCUCCCCUUUCCCUGUGCGCUUCCCUGACAGCCGAUGAGCCCCUGGGGUUCAGGCCUGGAGCAGGUAUCGUGCUGGCCAAGAACACAGAGUCCUGGGAACUUGGAACGGGCUCCGCUUUGCUGGCUGCCCCUUAAAUGGUUACAGUGUGUGGUGAGCAGAGCCAAUUUGUCAAAGCCAGGGGCACCUCAGUCUGCCAGGCUCGCUCUUCCAGAAGCAAACAGUUUCCUGAGGCACGGUGGAGACAGGGAAGGACAGAGUGCUGGGCAGGCCACCCUUGGGGCUGGUGCCUCCAGGCAGAACAAACAGCUGGAGGCCCAGACACUGCCUGCGUCCGUCCAUCUGUCCAGGAUGGCGCUGCUCCCUGUGUGCAUCAGCCAGAGAAGGACCCUCCGUCCCUAGAUGCCGCCAUCCAGCACGCCUUGGCUGGCCUCUAUCCCCCUUUUGAGGCCACAGCACCUACGGUCCUGGGUCAGGUGUUCCGGCUCCUGGACUCUGACUUCCGGGGAGACGGGUUGAGCUUCCUCUUGAAUUUCCUGAUCCCUGCCAAGCGCCUGUGUGAGCAAGUUCGCGAAGAAGCCUGUGGCCCCUACUCCCACUGCCUCUUCCUGCACGAGGGCUGGCCGCUCUGUCUACGGGACGAGGUCGUGGUCCACUUGGCACCGCUCAAUCCCCUCUUGCUGCGCCAGGGUGACUUCUACCUCCAAGUCGAGCCCCAGGAGGAGCAGUCCGUCUGCAUGAUGAUCAAACGCCUCUCCCUGGACCUCCGCACGGUGGACAAGAAGCCCGUUCCCGAGUCAUCCUACCCUGUGAUUUUCACCCAAGAGUGGCUGGAGGCCAUCAACAGUGACUUUGAGGGAAGUCCCUUACACAACUGCCUGGUGGCUUCCGAGAAUGGGAUUUCCCCUGUGCCUUGGACUAAGAUCGCCAGCCCAGAGUUUGUGGAUGACAGACCCCCAGCUGUGAACGUCCCCUCCCCAGCCUGGGGCUCCCUGCAGUUAGAGGCACUGGAUCUGAGCACCCCCCAAGAGCUGCACCAGGCCAGCUCCCCAGGCAGCCAGAUGCUUCUUGUCCCGAGUUUGGCCAAGAGCAGGGGCAGGACGUCUGGGGACAAGUAUCCAGGCCUCAUCAAGGUGGAGCAAGCCAGGCCUGGGGAGGUGGCCCUCAGGAUGGACAACAUGGACAGCCAGGGCUUGGCAGGAGACUACGUGGCUCUUCUGGACCCUUCCCAGGAGAGCAGAGGAGGGUCUCCCACUAAGGAGCUGGGGACACCUAGUGGCUGUACUUUGGGGGCACUGGAGGAACUAUCUAGAACUGAGGAAAUUCCUCUGUCCGAAAGACUACUGUCCCUCUCUGAGUCCAGUCGGGGCCCUUCCUUGGGAAAAUGGGCUUGUGCAAAGCCAGCAAGCUCCGAGGAGGAGCCCUGUGUUUUGGGCUCUAGGAGGAAGAUCAAGAGCAAAUCGCCUGCCCACAACUCAGACCCACAGCCCCAGGGACCCUGCCUUAAUGUCCUCAGGGAGCCACUAGACUGUGACUCUGGCUUCAGGGCAGGUGUCUCAGAACAGAUGGCUGCCUCCAAGGUACAGGGACCUCUGGGAAACCCAGAGACCAUGGUCCAGCCCAGCCCUGGACCAAGGCAAACGUCCUCUCCCUACUUGUCCCCAGCUGCCCCGGCUGCCCCAGCCUCUGAUACAAAUAUGGACAAGACCAAGCAAGAAAGUGGGAGACAUCCCCAGCCCACGACGCGCUCCAGCCGAAACACCUCCUCCUCCAGGUCUCCCAUUCCCAGACUCAAAGUCUCCUUCUUGAAAGGGCAGAGGCAAUCCCCGGUGCCCGCGGAGAAAGCCUCGCUCCAGCAGGAUGGGCCUUGGAGAGCCCUGUGCUCAUUCUACCCUCCUAAACCCUCCCGAGCCAAAUCCCCAGGGAAAGAUGGAACAACUCACACCAAAACAUCUGGCCCUCCCGCUGACUCAGACCCACAGACUGGGGGAGAGGCUGGCUUCUCGGAACCUUCUGAAGGCCACCCAGGAAGAGGCCCCAGCCUGCAGGAAGAGUCCCCUGGGCCCGUGCCCAGGACUGGAGCCCUGGGUGUCGAGGUUUUCCACUCCAGGAUAGCAUGCCUGCCAGGCAGUCGAGACAGGAAGGGGCGGCCCCUGCUUCUGGUGUCGACCGCAGAGGCAGCCUGGGAGGCACCGUGGUGCUCGGGCUCCGAGGUCACCAAGCUGCUCUCCUACCUGUGCGGCAUCCCCAGGCCCGAAGAUAAAGCCAAGGGGCUGGUGGUCGUGGUCGAUGCCAGGAAUCAGCCCCCACAGCCUGAUCUGGUCAGCGCCCUGCAGGCCACCCAGGCUCUGGCCCCGGCCCCGUUCCGCCGCCUGCUCUUCCUGGGGGAGAAGGAGGAUGCUCUCCAGCUGCAGGCCUUACCUGACGUCCAGAUGGAGGUGCUGACCUCAUUGAAGGCCCUCAGCCACCACGUGGACCCCAGUCAGCUGCCAGCUGCCCUGGAAGGCCCCCUCCCCUACUGUCACAGCGAGUGGGUGCAAUUCUUCCAGAAGAUGGACCCUUUCCUUGCCGACCUGCGCCAGGCCUCGGCUCUGCUACGGGCUUCCAUCGAGGCGUUGGAGAAGGGGGACCCCCCUGGGGGGGUGCAGGACGCUGCCAGGUGCCUGAGCAAGUCCAAGGAGCUGAUGGAGGCGGUGCUGAAGGACCCGGGCCUGCUGGGUCUGCAGCGGGAAGGUGGAGCCACCCUGGCCGGGCUGCAGCGUGAGGCCAGCAGACUGGACUCCAACCCUGAUGUCAGGAGCCACCUGGCGGAGGCUGCUGCCCUGUACGGCCUUGUGGAUGAGCAGCUUCACGUCCUGGUCACCGCCUCCAACCAUCUCCUGGGGAGGCUGGAGCUCCGCGUCCGCCUGGGCCACCUGGAAGCCGCCAUCCUCCAGGUCAGCAACUGGAUGGAGCAGGAAGGCAGCCAGUGCCUGCAAGCGCUUGCCCCUAAGGACGGAGGCCUGCAGACGGUGGAGAGGGCCCACGCGGAGUUUGAGGACUUCUUCCUUCAGGCUGCAGCGCAGUACCGCCGAGGCCUGGAGCUGUCCAAGCAGGCGGCCCAGCUGGGAGCGGCGGCUGGAGCAGCUGGUGAGGCUGGAGGGACAGAGUCCCCAGAGCUGGUGGCCUUUGCCCGCACCCAGCGGGCCUUCCAGGCAAAGCUGACCCACUUCUACAUGGCGGCCGAGAGGCAGCGCACGGACCUCGAGACCUUGCUUCACCUGCACCGCUUCUGCAAGAAGAUGACCUGGUUCCACAUGGACUGUCAGGACCUGGUGACCCAGCUCAGGCUGGGCAAGGCCCAGAGGGCCAGCCCUGCGGACCAGCGCCGCCUCCAACGCUACCUACAGCGACUGGCAUCCGAGUUCUCGGCGGAGAGGCUCACGGCCAUGGGGCUGCAGGUGGCCUCCCUGAGCCAGGCAGGCCUGGGCCAGGGCCCGUGGGAAGAGGCCCAGGCAAGGCACAAGGAGAUCCAGGGCCUCCUGAAGAAGGCGCUGGUCCCCUGCCUGUGCCCAGGGGCUCCCGCUGCCUGCCUGUCACACCCAGAACUAAGAGGGACAGCUACCAAGGGCCCCGGUCUGAAUGGCGAAGUCGCUUCCAAGGGGAGGGGGGACCUGCCCCUACACGCCUCUCUGGGGGUACAGCACUUGCCCAAGUCCUCCUGGCCCCCUCGGGUUACCAGAGGGAAGCAGCCUAGAAGUUCCCAGCCAGGUCCUCCACCCCAGGAGGCUGGCAGAGCUGUAGAGGCCGUCGAGGACAAAGGCCCCCACGAGCUCCCUGAGCCGGCCCCGGAGAGUUUUCUGGCCACCCUCUUCUCCUGGCAGCGGUCCCCCAGGCAGAGCCGGGUCCCCUGCCCCACUGGAGGCAGCUUUUCCUCAGAGGGGACAGACUCACAGACAUCCCUGGAGGACUCACCCCAGACAAGCCCGCCGGCGUCUCUCUAGCCGGGAGCCCCCGUCAAUCACCAGGCUCUCGGGGUGGCGGGGGGAGGCCCGGGGAGAGGAGGAGCGGGGAGCCCUGGUGAACCCCAUCCAGUUGUGCGGUGGAGCACUGAUUUCCCGCAUUGCCUGUAGCGGGAAGAUGAGGACGCGGUCCUGCUCCCAGCACCCAGGAAGUCCUGGUGCAAACACGUGUGCGGCACAGCGAGCCCCGGAGCCCGGUCCAGACCCAAUAAAGCACCGAUUGGCCCAGA